GAAAUUUAGAGCUGCUGCUCUCUCGCUGUGGGCUGGGCUCAGGGCCGAACGACUUACUGGCUCUGCCCGAAGUGGCUGUCGGGCGGGCAAGGCCUGGUCGACGUUGAGCAAGCCAAAGCGGCAUCGUCGAGCGUCAAAGGGCCGAGCGGGGCGGCGGCGGCGGCGGAGGAGUAGUCCGUCCGUCGUGGGGAGGACGAGGAGCCAGUCGAUGCCGUCACGCUUCGUCUUGCUCCAUCUUCCUACCUCACCUUCUCGCCACUAUUGUCUCCACUUCAUUACACCUCUCGCCUUUCGCCAGCGCUGGAAUCAGAGCUUGCUGUGGAAUCAAGGGACAGUCAAGCCCUUGAUCGAGAUCGAGGGCAUAGUUGGACGGCUUCUCCCUCUUGACACUUCUUUGCACGCCCCUAGCCGCUUUCAGCCACAAUGGCCUCCCUCGCAGCCGCCUCGCCGCGUCAGCAUAACUUCGGCGGCUCUUCCUCGUCUCCAGCAUCAUCUUCGCUGCCGGCCUCACUGGCUCGACGUGGAACGAUCGGCUCCUCGGCCACGACGGUCAGGGAGCAAGAGGAUGCGGAAGACGGCGACGGAGAGGAUGAGGAGGAAGAUGAGGAUCACAUGUACGAGGCAGAGGAGGCGAGAGAGAUGCUCAAUGAGGUGACGGUCAAGUCGGGUUAUCUCUUGAAGAAGGGGGAGAAGAGAAAGACGUGGAAGAAGCGCUGGUUCGUGCUUCGCUCUUCGAAGCUCUGCUACUACAAGAAUGAGAAGGAGUACCAACUUCUCCGAUACAUUGACAUGUCCGAGGUCCACUCCAUCUCAGCCAUCGAGCUCAAAGGGAAGGAAAACACCUUUGGCAUCGUUACCCCUCGUCGCGCAUAUUACGUCAAAGCAUCCUCGUUUCCCGAGAUGCAGCAAUGGAUCAAUGCGCUCAACGAAGUCAAGACGCAGAUGUCGCAACGUAACACGCUUGCGCAUGGCAUGGACGAGUUGAGCAUGACGACCACCACUUCCCCAGGUGCAGCUGCCGGACCUUCUUCGUCUUCGGCACAUGCCCCGUCGCAAGCGGCCGUCGCGAAAGCUGCGUCAUCUGCGGCGGCGCAAACGGCUAAUGCUCCCGCCGUCAGCAUUAACAUCCCGGGCAAGGGCAGGUACGCCGGCCCGCCACAGCCACGCAGCACAGGUGGGGGUAGCGGAGGGGAUGCGUUUAGCCCGCUAACAGCUACGACGGACAGCGAUACUGGUGCAGAGCAGUACGGUCUCAGCUACACAAGCUCGACCGGCGGGCAGUCUCUGGGUAGCAGUCCAAGUCGAGAUGGCGGUGCAGCGGCCAAUCGGUCUGGGAGCGAAGUGAGCGAUCAGGGUGGGCGGGGUAGUCAUGUAAGGAGAGCAUCGCAGCGUCGUGAUGCUAGUGGAAGCGGGGGAGGUAGAAGAGACGCUUCAACCGGCAGUCAGCAGGAAGGCGGGGUGCCGGCGAGCUACAACACGGCGGGCGUGCUGUCAUCGUCAGAUGAGGAGGAAGAGGAGGAUGAGCAGCUCGACCAGGCUAUGCCUCUCCCCUCCCUCGGCGGAGCAGCACCGCAGCAACAUGCACAACAGCAGCCGCAGCAGCAGCAGCAGCAACAGCAACAGCAACAAGUCGCUCAAUCUCAGCAGCCCCAAGCUGUCACCCAGCCUCCCCAGCAAUCUGAACUCCUGCGAGACCCCAACCGUAUCAUCACGCAAGGCUAUCUGAUGAAACAGUCCAAUCGCCGCAAGCACUGGCGUAAGCGCUGGUUCGUCCUGACCGCCAGCCGCCUCAUGUAUACGCGUAGUCACAUGGACGCCAAGGCGCAUCGGCAGGUGCCUAUCGGGAGUAUCCUGGAUGCAAUCGAAUAUGGAGGAGCUGCCGGAGGAGGUGCUGCAGGUGGAGGAGGAAAGAGGGACAAGGGAGUGGCCCAAGGAGCGGCCAGCCCGACAAGCGUCUCGAGUCCAUUAGGAGGAACGUUCAGUCUCGGUGAAGGGGGACAACAGGGCGCCGACGGCGAGGGCUCAGCCAUCCCGUCAGGCUCGGCACUGGCUCAUGAGGACGAUCCAUCACCGGCCCCUGCCCCGCCCGCACGUCGCCAAUCUGUGGUAGCCGCAGCAGCUGGUAUGGCUUCCAAUGUGUCCGCUGGCAUGGGCAUGGGUACGGGAGGAAGUAGCAAUAAGCGGAUGGACAACUGCUUCAAGAUCAUCACGCCUAAGCGCGUGUUUCUGCUUUGUGCCCCGACGGAGGAGGAGGAGAUCAAGUGGCUGUCGGCCCUGCAGGCUCUGCUCGCCAGGAGUAGGGGAAGCAGCACCGCGGCAGCUGCGGGAGGUGGCGCCGCAGGAGGAUUGGGUGGUGGAGUUGGAGCUGGAGCAGGAACAUCAGGCGAAGGAGCAGGGCCAACCACUUCUGGUCUCGUUGGCUCGCCCUCUGUCAGCGCUGCAGAGCACUCGUGAGCCGCAACACACGCGCACAUGCACCGAUGCAGUGGCGUCAGCUUGUUGCGCAC